AACUGCAACCGGCGUGAGAAGUGUUUUAAAAAAAUCGUGGACAAAGAUGCCUUCUUGUAUGUUUUGCCGAGGGGAGGAAAAGUUAGACCGAUAGUUAUGUGGCGCAGCAGCUGAUCUGGGAAAGUCCCUGAGUGAUAUGUAUGUAAAUAUUGGGGCCAGCGAGGAACAUUCUCCUUAAAGUUAUGAAAACCUCCUUGAAAAGAGGCGAUGAGGGGGAAAAAAAAAGUAACACGUCCAGCUCCGUCAUUGUAAGCUUGCCCUGGUGUAAUGAGAUGAAGAACGUCCCUCUAUAGUGAUCUCAGGUUGAAUGUCCGAAAAAUAGCGGUGAAAAUAUGCCUUGGCACUACUCUAGCCAAACAGAGCGGGUUCGAUCGAUACCAUUGCAGUGCCGGCGACUCCCUUCUCCACUGACAGGCGGUCACCUCGCUAAGAUCGAACAAAAUCCGAAUAUGAGUUCAUCCAGGGGAAUACUGAUCAUUAGACCGUAAAUACCAGUUCCUGGAAGUGUAGUGGUCGUGAUAAUAAGAGGCUAAAUGGAAGAAGAACCCUGGGAACGACAGGGAAGGCAGCCAUCACCCACAAAUGUACCCUGGACCCUUCACAGCCACUGCUUGCUGUAAAAACACGUGCGUUAUGGUCCCUAGUGCUGCCAUCUCUCGGGGAAUUACGGGACUUGCUGUGUUUACAAAUAACGGUGGGGGUGUUGGGAGUGCUUUGUGAAUGAACUUUUAUUUCGUCUGCUGUAAUGAUUACAUCGAGAUGCAACAACUGCAGAGGUGACGGCGUUGCUGCGUGAACUCUUCCGUACAGGUAACGAAUGGGAGAAGUGCUUUCCUGCGUUCCAUUCAUAGAUGGAUCAGAUCUGUUUGACCGCCUUUCCAAUUCGUCCAUAAAAGAAGAUGCAAGAGGACGAGGUAAAAUGCGACCCAGAGCGAGGCUGCGGCGAUACGCCCGGAGGUCUAAUAUUUCCUCCGGGUUAUGUGCUCAGAUAGUCCUCAUGAGGAGGCCGGGAGCGUUCGCCUUUUUAUUCUUUCUCUGCUGCUUGCUAGCUUACAUACCUAUAGAGAUCAUGUGGCCCACAUUCCGGACGCCCGUUGAGAAAUACAACGCCGAGAAGCGCCUGCAGAACUUCGACUUCUACGAAGAGCUGCCCAGUGACGUCACGGAGUACAAGCGAAGGCCCUACUUCGAAAACUUCCUCAGGAAACUGAAGCGAAUGGUCGAACGUUUAGCUUUCUCUUCGACGUCCGCCUACGAUGACAAGGACGUCAAGAUCAUCCUCUUUUGGACGUCUUGGUUCCAGAAGCCUUGGUGGGUUCGCUACGGAGGGGGCCUGGAUCUAGUAGGGGCGAGAUGCCCCGAAACUAGAUGCUUUUUUACCCACGACAAGAGCAAGCUUAAGGAUGCUGCAGCGGUUCUCUUCCAGAGCCAGCGUGUAUUCCAUGAAAAACUUCCACGAAAGAGAAGUCCCCACCAGAGAUGGGUUUGGGUUCAUGUGGAGCCUCCAACAACAUCGCACAAGGCCCUGGCGACCCUUUCACCUUUUGGGGAAGGCAACCUGGACCCCAGCACACUAUUCAACUGGACAAUGACCUACCACCCAGACUCGGAAAUCAUGGAGCCCUAUGGUGCCCUAAUACCCUUUUUCCAGGACGAAGCUGUGGAUGAAACCAUGACCGUCAAGCCCACGCAGUCAGAGGGAACGAACAAGGAUGACCUUGCCUCAUUCAACUUCUUCAAUCUGUCGUCAUCCCUAAGGCCAGCGCUGGUGGACACUUCCACAGAUACCUACAGGAAGUACGAACUGUUACUCCAGAGAGCUCCUUCAGUGACUGAGCUCAUGGACUCGCCCUGGACGCCCAAUUUACAUUUUGAUAAAGGAAACCAUUAUUCGUGGGCGUUCUUGGCCUUGAACCGGACUCGCCUUGCAGUCUGGGUUUCCUCCCACUGCCCAACGCAAUCGAAAAGAGAGGAUUAUGUUCGGGAGUUGCAAAAAUUUGCCAGAGUAGAUACGUACGGCACUUGUGGGAAGUUAUCGUGCGGCUUCAAGGAGGAGCAACGGGACGAGCGGUGCUGGAGGAGCCUAUUCAGCCGCAAAUAUCUCUUCUAUCUGGCCUUUGAGAACUCCAUGUGCGACUCGUACGUGACGGAAAAGCUAUGGAGGCCUUUAGCCUUCGGACUAGUGCCUAUCGUCAUGGGGGGGGCCAACUAUUCGAAGUUCCUCCCGCCCAAGUCUUUCAUCAACGCCCUGGAGUACAGUCCUCAGGAGCUGGCGCAACUCCUCAGAGACCUUCAGGAUUCGCCCGACUACUACAUCCAGUACCACAUCUGGCGGGUGUUCUGGAGGGUGACUUCUCGGCCGCCCCUGUGCGAACUGUGCCUCAAGGUCCACAGGGACAAGUCCGAGAGCGUCAAGGAAAACAUUCCCGAGUGGUGGCGAAGGGCGGGGAAGUGUAGGAAUCCCGCGCGCUGGCCAAAAAGUCCUCCGCCUACGACCACAAGUGCCAAAGGCCUUCCUGAGUUAGUGGACCUGUUUGAAAACGUCAGCGUGGAAGAGGAAAUACAUAAAAUUGAUGACAUCGACAUUUCCUGAAAGGAAGACCUGUGUUAUUCGAUACAAUUGUUUUUAGAAAAAAAAGGUAAAACUUGCCAUGGAUGGAUGGCUGAUAUAACUACAAAAAUAUUUUUGUCCGAGUAAUACGAACCUUGGAAUUUCACAAAGGGAAUUCAAUAUUGAGGUUCGGUUGCUAUUUUGUUUUUCAGUUUUGGUUCGAAUGUCCUUUUUUUUGGAGCAUCCUUUUGCCUUUACCUAUCUCGCCUUUUGGAACUAUAGACUAUUAAUAAUUAAUAACAGGAAAUGGGACUCCUUAACAAAUACAGUGCUUUCAUCAUUUGCUCAUCUGAUUCUCCUCAUUUCAAUAUAAUCACGUUUUAUUUAGAAUAGCUCUUCUACGAAUUCAUCAGAAAGACAGAGUAGAAUCAAACGUUGAUUCUUCAUGUAAUUUUUCUUCUCUUUUCUACUUUACACUAUUGCAUUUCGAAAUGGAUAAGUAAAUCUUCAGGUAAGUGCACUUUUAAUAAAUGAAUAUUCGCCUUUAAAUUCU